AUGGUACGUUGUCGCUCUGCUGUCCAUCCGGCCUUAGCUUUCGCUGACCUACCCACCUCUCUGAAGUCAAGUAGAAUAUUUCGUCGGAGGACCGACGACUUUGCUGCCAGCCUUGUCGUGCCAGAGGGAAGACGCCCCGCACAAAGUCCCUUGAACACAAGCUCAAUUGACGACCACGACACGGUUGAUGAGAAAGGGCCCCUUGGUCUCAACUUGCUCUAUACACCCUCCGAACCUCUGAUUGACUUGGUCUUUGUCCAUGGACUGGGGGGUGGUUCAAAGAAGACUUGGAGCCUUGUGCCUUCAUUAUAUUGGCCAAAAGAAUGGCUUCCAAAAGAUGCCGCCUUCAAGAAUGUCCGCAUUCACAGCUUUGGGUACAACUCGGACUACGUCAAAAGCAGAAAUAAUUGCUGGACAAUACAACGUUUCGGCCAGUCCCUGCUGGGAGACUUGAGAACCUCACCGUCUCUCGGCGAAUCAGAUACUCCACUGAUCAUGAUCGGGCACAGUAUGGGGGGCUUGGUGAUAAAGCGAGCGUACAUGUUAGCCAAACAUGAUCCGUCUCUCCAACCUCUGACAACCAGGUUCCGAGCGAUGUACUUCCUUGCGACACCACAUCAAGGCUCUGACUGGGCAAAAGUUCUGGAUCGCAUGUUGAACGCCUUCUCCCUAGCGCCUGAAUUUGUGGAGGAAUUGGAGAAAGGUUCUGGAGCACUCCAGUCUAUCAACGAAGAGUUUCGCCAUUAUUUUGACCAGUUUGAGCUGGUAUCAUUCUACGAGACGCAAUCAAUGAAAUACCUUGGGUCAAGAAUUGUUGAACCCGAAUCUGGUGUUCUCAAUCUGCCGCGAGAAAAGCAGGUACCAAUGGCCGCCGACCACCGAUCGAUCUGCAAAUUCCAAAAACCAACAGACCAGAACUAUGUUGAACUUCGCAACUCACUUGCCAGGACAGUCGCAAACAUAUGUGAUGAACGGGCGAAAGGAAAGGAGGGACAACGGAACCGCGAACUAAGCGACCUGAAAAAAUACUUACGCAUAUCUCAUCAGCCAGAAGAUGACCUUGAGCUUGUUGAAGGCUCCCGUCUGUCUGGAACUUGUGAAUGGAUUGCAAAGAAAGAGAGCUACUUGGCGUGGAGAGAUUUUGCUGCGGACGCUCCAACCAUUCUCUGGAUAAAUGGAAAACCCGCUACAGGCAAGUCUGUUCUUGCUGGCUAUGUUAUCACGCAACUGCGACAGCGAAAGUCAAGCUGCAGCUAUUAUUUCUUCAAACAUGGCGAAAAAUCAAAGUCCCGGCUCGUCAAUUGCCUCCGAUCACUGGCCUUCCAGAUGGCCUGCGAAAACGAUCAAGUUCGACGCCGUCUCAAUGAUUUGCACAAAGAAGACGGCCAGCUCGACGGUGAAACUGAACGCAGUGUUUGGCGCAAAAUCUUUGUCUCAACAAUUUUCAGAAUCCAGAUGGAACCCCAUUACUGGGUCAUUGACGGCUUAGACGAAUGUGAAGGUUCUGAGACUUUUAUUGAGUCUCUCAUUGGCCAGCUCGAUCCUACGGCAAAUUUGAAAAUUCUUGUCACAGGUCGCGAUAUGCCAAAGCUGAAGGCUGCUUUUCUAAACCUCGGACCUCACAGAUAUUGUGGACUGGAAAUAUCGACAGCUGAUACUGUUGAAGAUAUCAAAACCGCCAUCAAGGCAAAAUCGCACUGCCUGACAGUCAAGGAUGACGAACUUCGUGCUGCAUUGCUUGGGAAGGUGCUCGAAAAAUCUCAAGGCUCUUUUCUGUGGACUCUCUUGGUCUUAGAAGAGCUUGCAAAUACUUAUGGCGAAGCAGAACUCAAGAAAGUGCUAGAUGAAGUCCCCCGGGACAUGAACUUGUUAUACCAACGUGUGUUGGACUCGAUGAAACUGACGACAACGGAGGGAGGGAGGAGAGUGGCCAAGGCUAUUCUCAAGUGGGUGUCUUGUGCUAUGAGGCCGCUGAGCACAGAAGAACUCACUGGUGCGCUGAACCUAGAUCUAGGGGACAAAUAUGACGCACUCGAAGAAAUGAUCCCGAAAUUAUGCGGCCAACUCGUUGCUGUCGACAAGUUCGGCAACGUUCAGAUUGUACACGAGACAGUCAGAGAAUAUCUGACCAGCGAUGACUUGCAAUCCGACUUCGCCGUUAAUAAAUCACAAUCGCAUACGAGGAUUGCUGAGAUCUGCUUGAACUACCUCGCAAGUGACGAAAUGAGGCCUUCCACCGCCAGGAGACGAGGACCGAGACAGGGCUCGGUCCUGAACACCGAGGAUUCGAGAAUAAAAUUCUCCAGAUAUGCAUGCAUUGCCUUCUCGCAUCACCUUGCCAACGCCAAUUGCGAAUCAGUCGAUAUUCUUAUCCUUGUCUCCAAGUUUUUAGAAUCCAACAUUCUUUCAUGGAUUGAAGGUAUCGCUCAGACCAGGAUCCUUACUCCGAUUAUACGAGCAGCGAAAGAUAUCCGGACAUAUGUCAAGAAAUGCAACGCCCCACCGAUUGGGAAGGAGAUACAAACUAUUAGAGCUUCUACAACAGAUCUUGUCCGCUUAGUCGCAAAGUUUUCCGAUGCUCUUACCGCUGUCCCAGCGGCUAUCUACACGCUUAUUCCCCCCUUUUGCCCUCGCAACUCCACUCUGUACAAAGCCGGUAUAAAAUGUCGAACAACAAGACUGUCCAUAACUGGACUAUCUUGCGACCACUGGGACGACCGUUUAACGUGCAUAGACCUUCAAAAUGAUGAGUUCACUAGCAUUGCCUACGGGGACGAGCUGUUCGCUGUAGGGACAACGUCCGGAGUUGUCACUAUUUAUAAUGCGACAUCAUGCGAGGAAUACAAGAUUUUGAAUCACGGAGAAGCCCUCCGACUGUUACAUUUCAAGCCAAAGUCUGAUGUUCUCGUAUCAUGCGGCUUAAGGAAGCUUACAGUAUGGAAUAGCCGCACAGGAGACGCAAUGUACGAAUUUCAGGCCCCAUUUCGACCUAUUGCUCUUGAUUUUGACAACGAUACACUUGUGGUGGCAUCUAGGAGAAAUUUCCUGAGGUCUUGGGACCUGAAGAACAAUGCUACAUUACAACAAGACAGGCCUUGGAGUCAUUCGGAUGAGGACAUCCAAAGACCUUCCCGCCUUCAACCAUGUGCUAUAUCCCUCUCCACUGGACAUCAAAAAAUGGCUGUGGCAUAUAUUGGACAACCAAUCACUAUCUGGGACCUCUGCUAUGAUGAGUACUAUGGCAGCUGUGGGAAAAUGCUUGCCAAUGGCGAAACGAGCAAGCAUUUAGUGACAUCGCUGUCUUUUAACCCGAACCCAGACAUUCGACUUCUUGCUGUCUCGUACCUCGACGGGCAACUUGUCCUCCUUGACCCUUUCGAAGGCAAGGAGCUGGAAAGCUUUCGAGCCAAUUGCCGUGCGUUGAUUUCAAGCCCGAAUGGGCGUCUGCUUGGAGGUGUGGCUGCGUCUGAGACUAUCCAUAUAUAUGAGUUCGACACGUUGAGACUGCUUUACAGGAUUAGAUCAUCCGAGCUUGGCAUCAAACAGCUUGCUUUCAGCCGAGACAACUUCCGUUUCGCGGAUAUACGCCGGUCUCAAUGCAAUAUCUGGGAGCCUACGAUGCUACUCUGUGACUCGGUUGCAGAUGACCGGAGUGAGAGCACCUCGGCGUCAGUAAUUGAAGCAACUACAUCGGACGAUAAGGUCAGAAUUAACACCAUGGUCCUUCAUAAUCAAGGCCAGGUAAUUAUUUGUGGCAAGGAUGACGGUUCAGUAUGUCUGCACGAUGCUCGGACAGGCUCUUUUCUACAAACACUUCACGAACACAAGUCUCAAGUUCGCAUUCUCACCUGGCAGACUCGCAAUAAUAUCACAAUGAGCGUGGAUACAUCAAACGCGAUACAUGCUUCCGUUCUAAGCAAAGACCUUAAAGGAGGAUGGGUAUCAGAUCAGCUUCCGUUCCAGUCUCGCCUUAAUUGCGGUCAUGCCAUUGUCCAAGUCCUCCACUCUGAAGUGACAAACAGGUUAAUCCUUUCAACACGCGAGUGUGAUUAUCUAUGGGGCAGCGAGGGGAAGGAGCUCGCUGCACGGCCAUAUCCGAAGAAUCCAGGCAUCCGACUAUGGAUACAGCAUCCUCAAUCGCAAUUUCAUGCAAUAUGUAUUGAAGGAGCAACUGCGCGCAUCUUCUCUUGGGAUGACUGGUCACAAGUUUCGUCCCUCGGACUCGCAAUUAGCAUGGCAGGAAUGCAAUUAAAGAGCUUCAGAGGAUACGGAUCAGGCCACAGGCGGCGGAUGCUUUUGGAACUGUCUGAACUUAAUGGCUCCUCCAGAACCCGGGGGCUCUAUCUCUUUGAUGCAACGUUGUUCAACCUCGAAAGUGACAAGGCCCCGAGGAGUAGACCAGACCCCAAAGAAGAUAAAACAAUAGGACUCAUCGACGUGGAAAUACCACCACUUCAACUCACUCCGUCCAGAGAGGAUGACAAGUCCUUGAUCGAUUCCGUCGCGGAGAAAGCAACACAAAAUCAUCAGAAACCCGCUGCAGAUCCUCUCUUUGGCCCUCAACUCAAUGCCCUCACUCGCUACGUCUCUCAUGUCAUUCACCUCAACGACAGCGGCAAACUGGUCUUCUUAGACUCACACUCCUGGGUCAGCUCCAUUGACCUCGAAGACUUUGCCAAAUUCGCCAUGGCGACUCCAGCAGCGUCAGGGCCACCCUCGCCACCAAUUCGGUACUCCCGACACUUCUUUGUGCCUUAUGACUGGUUCUCAGGGACACGAGAUAUAGUCUGCGCCGCCACAAUGCGAGAUGUCCUCUUUGCACGGAACGGCGAGAUUGCAAUUAUCAAGAACGGGUUGGAUUAUGCGGAAGAGGUUGCCGUGGGUUCUUUGUAA